UAUUUGCUUUUCCGCACGGCCAAUAGUCGACUUCUCUGUGCGAGCGAUGUAGGCGUGGUUCGAGGCAUCCAGUUCAAUCGGCGUUGCCGACAAGAUGUGCACAGCCUUCGAAUCUAGUUCCGAGCCUUUUCGUCGUACUUCCUUACCCAACCCUAUUUCAUGAGCAUCUUUGUCUGCCUGCAAUUCUUGCGUCGGUGAUAUUGGCGAUGUCGGCGAGGACCAAUGACCGCCAUAGAACGUCAUGUCGGUCUUUUCUCCUCCCCCUCCAGGCAUUUCAUGUACUUGCGUCGUACCGUGUGGUGAACCACUCUCCUUCUUCUUCUUCGAACGUUUGAUAAGAACAAAGGUAUCGAAGGGCCCGUUUCUGCUGCAGCGGGCUCAUUUGUGGAUGACGGGACGGUGGACGCCGAGCCAGGUGACGGGGUUGGAGUCGAGAUGCCUAUCCUCUGUGCAAGCGAUGAAGCAUAUGCCGAAGGGAAGGACUGCAGGUCUUGGAUCUGCCAACCCACUAUGACUGGAUCCGCAAUGGCAAGACCUGUGGUCAUGAUACCCAUAUUCUUAACAGUGGAGCCCUCGUUGUUAAAUUCGUAUGCCGAUACACUGCGUCCGUUUUCUUUUUCGACACCCCCAAUAACCUCUUGAACUGGUAAUGGAGCAGUAACACUACUGUAGCAUAAUCCUUUGGUAGCUGGACCGAAUCCAAGACCGCUGAUGGGACAAUUGUUAGCUUUUCUCCGAC